AUGGCCCGCCCGUGGAUCCUCACUCUCCUCUCUGUGCUGCUGGCAGCCAGCUUGGCAGGAGCCCAUCUCAGCCCUCCUGCAGCCUUCAGCCUCAGCCCGGAAGUCAUUAAAGAAAGGUUCACACAGGAACUGAAGGACCAUAAUGCUGUCAACAUCCUCAAACAGCUACCCUUGCUCAAUGCCAUGCAGGAAGAGCCAGCCGGGGGCAUCCCCUUAAUAGGCAGCUUGGUGAACUCCAUCCUCAAGUACAUUGUCUGGCUAAAAGUGACCUCGGCCAGCAUCCUCCAGCUGCAGGUGCUGCCCUCCAAGAGCAGCCAGGAGUUCGUGGUCAGGGUCCCCCUGGACAUGGUGGCUGGAUUUAACACGCCACUGGUCAAGACCAUCGUGGAGAUGCACAUGGAGUCUGAGGUUCAAGCCACCAUCGGAGUGGAGACAGUCAAGGGCCAAAGCCGCCUGGUUCUGAGGGAUUGUGGCAGCAGUCAAGGAAGCCUGCGCAUCAGCCUGCUGAAGAGCUUCUCCUUCAUGGUUAACACCUUAGGCAACAAGAUCAUAGGUCUCUUGGUGCCAGCCCUGCCCAAGCUGGUGAAGAGUGAGCUCUGUCCUGUGAUGAAGGCAUCCUUUGAAGAUCUGCGUACCGAUCUCUUGGGUCUGGUUAAGGCACCUGUAUCCCUUGGCUCUGAGUACCUGGAGUUCCACCUUCUGUCCACUGCCAUUGAGGAGAAAACCAUCCAGCUACACCUAGGGGCCAAGCUGUUGGACUCACAGAAGAAGGUGACCAAGUGGUUCAAUGAGUCCAUGGCCUCUCUGACAAUGCCCAUGCUGAAUGGCGCCCCCUUCUGCUUCGCUGUGAGGCAGGACGUGGUGAAUGCUGUCAUAGCCGCCAUGCUUCCCCCUGAGGAGCUCAUGGUCCUGCUGGACUAUGUGCUGCCUGAGCUGUCCCACAAGCUGAAGGAAAGCAUCAAGGUGAUCAGUGAAAAGGCUGCAGAACAAAUGGGGGCCACGAAAAUUGUGAAAGUCCUACUGCAGGAACCCCCAACGUUCUUCCUGGAGCAGGGUCAUGCCAAGGUGGCCCAAAUGGUCGUCUUGGAAGUGUUUGCCACCAAUGAAGUCCGCCGUCCGUUCUUCACCCUGGGCAUUGAAGCCAACUCUGAUGUACAGUUUUAUACUGAAGGUGACCAGCUUAUAACCAACCUCGCUGAAAUCAGCUCUGAUCGGAUUCACCUGAUGAACUCAGGGAUUGGCCUAUUCAAUCCUGAACUACUGAAACCCAUCAUCACUGAACUCCUGGAUGCCAUCCUGCUGCCAAAUGAGAACGGCAAAUUAAGAACUGGAAUCCCACUGUCAUUGGUGAAAGCCUUAGGAUUUAAAGCAGCUUCCGUAGCUCUGACCAAGGAUUCCCUCAUCAUCACACCCUCCUCCUCAUGA